CAGCCGGGGGCGGGAAGAAAAAGAAGAAAAAGGAGAAAAAAAGAGAAAAGGUGGGCGUCAAACAAGUUAGUGACGUCGUCAUUCCCACGACUCAACCCUGAAAACUCACUCGACGAGCCGAAUAAAGAGGCGAGUUCGUCCCUAACUGCGGCUCGGGUGUGAAGAUACUACGCAGCGAGAUAAGGAAGCAUGUUCACUGAGGUGUGCAUCGCUCUGGUGGCUGGAGGGGUCAUCCUCUAUCUGGUUCUAAGAAGAAGAAGCCAUGUUUUGAAAACGGAGGAUGGCUGGUGGGGGGUGGGUCCAGUCCCUGAUGGCGAGCAGGACAGCAGCAUUCAGCCCUUUAUGGUGACCACCAGUGAUGCAGAGUUACAGGACUUGCACGGGAGAAUAGAUCAGACACGUCCAGUUCCCUCGUUGGAGGACAGCCAGUUCCAUUAUGGCUUCAACUCCAAGUACCUGGAGGAGGUGGUCUCCUACUGGAGAAACCACUUUGACUGGCGGAGACAAGUGGACAAACUCAACCAGUACCCACACUUCAAGACCAACAUUGAAGGCAUCGAUGUGCACUAUGUGCACGUGAAGCCCAAGCGAGUUCCAGAGGGAACCACUGCCAUCCCUUUGAUUAUGGUGCACGGCUGGCCCGGAUCUUUCUACGAGUUCUACGGGACCAUCCCGCUGCUGACGGAGCCAUCAGACCCCCAGGCGCUGGUGUUUGAGGUGGUGUGCCCCUCCAUACCUGGCUAUGGCUUCUCGGAAGCACCACAUAAGAAAGGUUUCGAUUCGGUGUGUGCUGCUCGCAUCUUCCACAAACUGAUGAGGCGUCUGGGCUUCAAGCAGUUCUAUGCUCAUGGAGGAGACUGGGGCUGGCUUGUCACCACCAACAUGGCUCAGCUGCAGCCCAAGACAGUCAAAGGCCUCCAUGUGAACUUUGCCCCGGCUGGCAAGCUGAGCUUCACCAUGUUUCUAUCAAUCCUGUUGGGCCGCCACUUCCCCAAGCUGUUUGGGUUCACCAGCACGGACAUUGAGCGCAUGUACCCCUGCGUGCAGAAACUGUUUGUCAAUGCCAUCACAGAGACCGGCUACAUGCACAUCCAGGCCACCAAGCCCGACACUGCAGGUCGAGGAUUGAAUGACUCACCAGUCGGUCUGGCAGCGUACAUCCUGGAGAAGUUCUCCACGUGGACUAGUAAGGACUUUAAAAACCUGGAAGAUGGAGGACUCACUAGGAAGUUCUCUCUGGAUGACCUGCUGACCAACGUGAUGAUCUACUGGACAUCAGGCUGCAUCAUUCCCUCAAUGAGAUUCUACAAGGAGAACUUUUCCAAAGGCCUCAAUCAUCCGCACAUGAAAAUACCGGUGUGCGUGCCCUCUGGAUUUGCAUCCUUCCCCAACGAGCUGAUGCACAGCCCCAAGUUGUGGGUCCAACAGAAGUUGCAUAAUCUUCUCACCUACACACCCAUGGCUCGCGGAGGUCACUUUGCAGCCAUGGAGGAACCCCAGCUGAUGGCCGAGGACCUUCACAACUUCAUCUGCAUAGUGGAGAAGACCAAGGCACGUUAGUGGUCCGUUCUUGAGGCAGGUUCUGAACGCCACGGUUAGUUUGGAAAAGCCUUAAUAAAUGUACUUGUACUACAUUGAA